AUGGCUAUGGGGUGGCUAGCCAACGCCGUAUUAGAUGCGGAGGAGGACGAGGAUGCGGUAGCUGAGCUGAUGGUGAAUCGGAGACAACUGCGGGACGAACAGAACCCGUUUGAACUUCCUGAAGUUCAAUUUCAGCAACUGUUCCGUCUUUCCAGGAAGUUGGCUAGCGAUCUAGUCAACCACCUUCGACCGCAUCUCGAAAGGGAUCGAUCCCACGGGUUGUCGGUUGAGUGCCAAGUCCUUUGCGCGGUACGCUUCUAUGCCGUUGGUUCAUACCAGCGUGCUAUAGGGCAAGAUUUCAUGGUGGCGAUUAGCCAAACUGCGGUUAGUCGCUGCUUGAAAUCGGUGUCGGCGGCAAUCAACGAUCACUUGCUGCAGCAAUGGGUCAAGUUUCCGGCAACACCGCAGCAGCGAGAGGAAGCUCGUCGCAAAUUUCCACGAGCGCCUCAACCGUUCACUGGAGCGAUUGGUGCUAUUGAUCGCACGCACAUUGCAAUUCUAUCUCCGCAAGAGCACGAAGAAGCCUACGUGAACCACCACGGCUACCAUUCCUUGAAUGUUCAGAUGGUGUGUGAUCCAAAUCUGCGCAUAUUGAACGUGAAUGCCAGGUUUCCUGGCUCACGUCAUGACGCUGCGAUUUGGACGCAAUCUCCGGUGAGGACACUCAUGGAAAUGUGCUAUGGAGAUGGGGAACAUGGAACAUGGUUGCUAGGAGAUUCGGGCUAUCCCCUAAAGCCAUGGCUCAUGACGCCAAUCACUAACGCUCGAGUUGGGACCGCUGAGUUCGCAUACACUACAGCUCAUUGCAAGGCUCGUUCUGUCAUCGAACGCUGUUUUGGAGUGCUCAAGGUGGUCUGGAGAUGCUUAUCGCAGCAACGCGUCCUCAUGUACGACCACGAAGCGGCAGGCAGAAUAGUCAACGCAUGUGCAACAUUGCACAAUAUGCGCUUGCACUAUGGUGUUUUACCGUUGGAUGACGUACCAGUUACGUCACGUACCGUACGACUCCGAGGAAGGAGGUGA